AAUUUACUAUAUUCAUUUAAUACCAUUGGUUCCUCUUCUACCACUUUAAAUGCUCUGCCCCUUUCCUUCAUUAUCACUCUCCACAUGCAAUCUCUCCCUGUUUUCCUUUCUCAUACACAAAAGAGAGAAAAUGCCAGAAAUCUCCAUUUCCAUCAAGCUCAAGUACUACUCAAAACAAAUUUACCAAUUCUUAAUCAUCAACCAAAUUUCCUCCUUUUUCAUUCUUCUAUCCAUCAUUCUAACAUCAUCCCUUACCCAAAACAUCAAAAACAUUUCUCUCCUCCUCCUCAUUUCCUCCGCCGCCAUUCACCUCAUCACAAGGCAAUCAUCCGCCGUCUAUCUCAUAAACCACGCAUGUUUCAAACCUCCAUGGACAUGUCGUGUCCCCUAUGCAACUUUCAUGGAACAUGCCAACUUGAUAAUGCAUUCUCAACCUCAAACCAUCGAUUUUCAGCUCAAGAUCCUCGAAAGAUCCGGUCUAGGUGAGGAAACUUCCUUACCACCCGCGAUCCAUUACAUUCCACCCGAACCAAACAUGGUCUAUGCCAGAGAAGAAACAGAGUUAGUCAUAUUCUCCGCGGUUGAUUCUUUGAUCAAGAAAACCGGGAUCUUGAUCGAGAUUAUCGACGUUUUGAUCGUGAAUUGUAGCCUUUUUAAUCCUAUACCAUCGUUCUCUUCGAUGUUGGUUAAUAGGUAUAAGAUGAGAAGUAAUGUUAAGUGUUUUGAUCUUUCGGGUAUGGGCUGUAGUGCGGGCUUGAUAUCUGUGGGCCUAGCCCAAGAUUUACUUCGGGUUCGGCCCAAUUCAUAUGCUUUGAUUGUUAGCACUGAGAUUAUCACACCAAAUUGUUACAUGGGCAAUGACCGUUCCAUGAUGCUGCCCAACUGCUUAUUUCGGUUGGGCGGUGCUGCUCUGCUCCUAACGAAUUGUUCGUCAGGGCUAAACAUAGCCAAGUAUAGGUUGACUCGGCUUGUGCGGACUCAUAAAGGGUCUCAUGACGGGGCGUAUCGAUGUGCCUUUGAGGAGGAAGAUGACGAGGGCAAACUAGGAAUUUCACUAUCGAAAGAUUUGGUGAAAAUGGCUAGUGAGGCUUUGAAGAGUAAUAUUGCGACAGUCGGGCCAAUGGUCCUUCCGAUAUCGGAGCAAUUAUACUUUUUGGUCACACUUAUACGUCGAAAGGUUUUUAAGAUAAAGGUGAAGCCUUACAUACCAAAUUUCAAGAAGGCGUUCGAGCAUUUUUGCAUCCAUGCUGGUGGGAGAGCAGUUAUCGACGAGCUACAAACGAGACUAAAGUUGACGGGGGAGGAUGUGGAGGCAUCGAGAAUGACUUUGCAUCGGUUUGGAAAUACAUCGUCGUCCUCCAUUUGGUACGAGCUCAGCUACACCGAGGCUAAAGGGAGGAUGAAGAAAGGAGAUAGAGUGUGGCAAAUAGGAUUUGGGAGUGGAUUCAAGUGUAAUAGUGCCAUAUGGAAAUGCAUUAAAACUAUCGACGAACCAGAAGAUGAUAGCCCUUGGAUCGAUUGUAUCCAUCGCUAUCCUGUUCAAGUGCCUGAAAUCGUCAAAAUAUAAUCACACGAAA